AUGGCGGAACCAACAACAGCGCUCCUCCUCCGUCUCCUGUUCCUCCUCGCCCUCUCCGCCUCCGUGGCCGCCGCGACGGCAUCGACAUCGGCAUCGGCACCAGCGCGUGCUGCAGCGACGAUAAGGACGGCGACGGGGUGCCGGCGCGGCGACCUGGUGGUGCGUCAGCGCGCGACGGGGCGCGUGGUGGAGGGGAAGCCCGAGUACGCGGUGGAGGUGCGGAACGCGUGCCGCUGCGCGCAGUCCCGCGUGCUGCUGCGCUGCUAUGGGCUCAGCAGCGUGGAGGCCGUGGACCCGCGCGCCAUCCGCGCCGUCGACGGCGAGCGCUGCCUGCUCCGCGGCGGCCGGGCGCUGCCGCCGCGCGGGGGCGCCGUGCGCUUCACCUACGCCUGGAUGACGCCGCAGGACUUCCCGCUCGUCAGCGCGCACCCGCACUGCUAG